AGAUUAUGCCUAAUGAUGACUUUAUUUCUGCACCUAUAGCAUGGCUGCCGGUCCAGAACAAGUCAUCCAGCUCGCCACAACGCCACCCUCCUCAAACCCAACGCCCGAGCUUGAGGACUACACCAUCUCUGCACCAUGCUGGUGGUCAACCUCGUCCAGCCCGAGGCCCUCCUCCAGCCUGCCGCCCUACUCCAGCUCGUCGGCCUCCUCCACAUCGUGCCCUCCUCCAAGCCGCUAUGUCGCCUCGGUCCGAAGCAGGAAGCAUUAGCUGCCGACCUAGCGCAGGGCACUUUGUGCGGUGACGGCCUGCCCCUGGAAGAAAAACAGGACAUAGGCAUCGAUGCUACGUGGAGCACCAUAUCAUCGUGGCAUUGUCUCGCGGGAGCGACCUUCGCCAUCAACUCUCGGCAUCAGGCGGGCGCAAGAGCGUCGAGCACUGUAAUUCACCCAGCAUCAGGUUAUUUACAGAUGUACCGGUACUCUCCGUUUGUGGUCUGUGAUGCAAAAGGUGGAGAACCGACACCUCUUUACGGAGAUCUGUACACGGUUGGAGGCUACGGCGAGCGAUACUUUUCCCAACAUGGGUGGCAGCAUAAUCUACGGAUUGGACCACUCCUACCCCUUUAGGCGUUUUUACAAUUGCUCAAGAUUGAUAUGUAAUUCGCCUUUUGUUUUUGUUACUUCCAUGAUAUUUGAGACUCGUAAACGGCUGUGUACAUCCUAGCUAUGCAGAGGCCGGGUGUAAUUGUUUCACAAAGUAAUAAAGCGUCCAUUAUCAAGAAAAAUAUCAGUUUGCGCCUGGUCCGUAAGGGCCUUCUAAGCUAGCCGGCCUGAUGCAGCUAGCUUGCAUGGUACUCCUGCGAGAUUGAUCUGA